AUGCAUAUUAAAAAGCUUAUUAUUCAAGGAUUCAAGUCUUACAAAGAUUAUACCGUUAUAGAGCCGAUUAGUCCUCAUCACAAUGUGAUUGUUGGAAGGAAUGGUUCAGGGAAAAGUAACUUUUUUGCUGCUAUUCGCUUUGUUCUAGGCGAUGAUUACACCCAUUUAUCACGCGAAGAAAGGCAAGCCCUCUUGCAUGAGGGUCCUGGUUCAACUGUUAUGAGUGCCUAUGUUGAAGUUACUUUUGAAAACUCAGAUAAUCGCUUUCCUACAGGAAAAAGUGAAGUUGUUUUACGUCGAACCAUUGGUCUUAAGAAAGAUGAAUACUCUUUGGAUAGGAAAACGGUGAACAAAAGCGAAGUAAUAAAUCUUUUAGAGUCUGCAGGAUUUUCACGUUCAAACCCAUAUUAUAUUGUCCCCCAAGGCCGAGUAACGUCUCUUACAAAUGCGAAAGAUUCUGAGCGUUUGGAACUCCUAAAGGAAGUUGCAGGGACUCAAAUUUACGAAAAUAGACGCUCCGAAUCCAACAAGAUUAUGUCAGAAACGGUGCUCAAGUCUGAGAAAAUUGAUGAAUUAUUGGAGUAUAUUGAAGAAAGACUGCGUGAACUUGAGGAAGAAAAAAAUGAACUUGCUGCUUAUCAUAAGAAAGAUAAUGAACGAAGGUGUUUGGAAUAUGCAAUUUAUUCACGUGAACAUGAUGAAAUCAAUACCGUCUUGGAUGCCCUAGAACAAGACCGCACAAGUACACUUCAAAGAAAUGAGUUAGAUUCUGGGGCUUUUAUUGAGAGGGAGACGCGUAUUGAACAGGUUAAGGGUGAAAUUACUGAACUACGGAAUUCUGUCAACUUACUUCGUCUUGAAAAGCAACAAAACGAAGAAGAUUACACGAAUCUUAUCAAGUCUAAGGCAGCUGUGGAUUUGCAACUCCAACAAUUGCUACGUCAGAUUGAAUUUUCCAAAGAGGAUGAAACGUCAAAAGUCGAAAUGCUUCAGUCCUUGGAAUCUGAAGUCCAUGGUAAAGAAUCGGAAUUGACAAACAUUAUUCCUCAGUAUAAUGAUGUCGUUUCCCAAGUUGAUCUCUUAAAUCAGCAGAUACUGUCUUUACAAAAUCAGAGAAGAACCAUUCUAGACAAACAAUCAAGAAUAUCCCAAUUUGCUACCAGAGAAGAGCGUGACGUUUGGAUUAAAGAUCAAAUUAAAGAGAUUUCUUCAAGCAUUAAAAUUCAGAAUAAACGGAUUCUAGACUUAAAUACCGAAAUAGAGAAUCUUUCUGAGACAUUAAAUGCGAAAGCCGCUCGUAAACAAGAAAUUCAUUCAGCACUUUCGUCUAGAGGUGAACUUACUGCUGGAGCAAUGGCUAAGGUUUCUUCAAUCAAUGAAAAGAAAGAGAACCUUAUUGAUAAACGAAAAGAACUUUGGAGAGAAGAGGCUAAGCUAAAAUCCAUGAGUGAAAGUAUCAAGGAUGAUCUUUCACAAUCUGAAAAGAACAUGAGUACCACCAUGGAUAGAAACACAAGUAAUGGCUUAAAAUCUGUUAAAUGCAUUUCAGAACGCUUAAAACUUACCGGCUGUUAUGGUCCCUUGUGCGACCUUUUCACUGUUGAUAAUCGGUUUAAAACCGCAGUGGAAGCGACUGCUGGAAAUAGUUUGUUUCAUGUCGUCGUAGAUUCCGACUUGACGGCCGAUCAAAUUUUACAGGUAAUGUAUAAAGAGAAUGCUGGAAGAGUCACGUUUAUGCCCUUAAACAGGCUUCAUCCAAAGCCAGUAGGUUAUCCUGACGCCAGUGAUGCAUUACCUUUGCUGAAUUUUCUUGAAUAUGAUACGAAAUAUCAACCUGCAUUUCAACAAGUUUUCUCUAAAACUAUUGUAUGCCCUUCUAUCGAGGUUGCAUCACAAUAUGCUAGAUCACAUCAACUCAACGGUAUUACUUUAAGCGGUGACCGUUCUGACAAGAAGGGUGCCUUAACUGGUGGUUAUCGUGAUUACAAGAAUUCUCGUUUAGAUGCCCUCAAGAAUGUUAAAAAGUACCAGAAACGAUUUACUGAAACUCAAAUGAAUCUCGAUAAACUUGCUAUUCAAAUCGAUUCUGUCGAUCAGCAAAUAACAAAUUGCUUAAAUGAGUUGCAGAAUGCAGAGCUUGAGCUUAAACAGUUAGAGCGUGAUCAUGCUCCGCUAAAUAUGGAGCAAGUCUCUAUAACACAGGAAGAAGUAGAGGUUCAAGGCUCUCAUCGUAGAAAGGUUCAAGAUUUGCAUUUGGCCAAACUAGAACUCCAAACUUCGGAACAACAAGUGAAAGACUUUGAAGAAGAACUUCAAUCAGAAAUGGUGGAGAUGGAUCCCAGAGAUGCGAAAAGACUUAAACAUUUGGAAACACAAAUCGAACAAUUGUCAGUUGACUAUAACGAUUUGAAUGCAAAGUUGGUCGAAAUCGAAUCUCAAAAGGUUAAUCUGGAAUAUCAGUUAAAUACGAAUCUUUAUUUGAGACGUGAUCCUCUAAAGAUGCAACUCGGUAUGGAUAAUAUUGUCGAUGAAUCCGAACUUUCCAACAUCAAGAAAACCAUUGAGAAACACGAGGCAAAACUUCAUAAACUUGAAGAUGCAUCCCAAAAACUUGAUAGUCAAAUUCAAAAGCUUGCUGAUGAUUUACAAACCAAGGAGAAGGGACAAGAAACACUCGAAGAAUUACAGCAUGAGGCAGCAGCAAAAAUUGAACACGAAUCGAAAGUCAGCGAAAGAAAUGCUGCCAAAAGAAGUCUGUUGCUUGCUCGUAAGAAGGAAUGUAACGAAAAUAUUAAGUCCCUUGGUGUUUUGCCCGAAGAAGCUUUCGUUAAAUACGUUUCAACUAGUUCAAACGCUAUAGUCAAAAAAUUGCACAAGAUCAAUGACGCUUUGAAAGAAUAUGGAAGCGUUAAUAAGAAGGCAUACGAGCAAUACAACAACUUUACAAAGCAGCGUGAUUCUUUGAUUUCCAGAAGAGAAGAAUUAAGAAGGUCUCAAGAUUCCAUUAAUGAGCUUACAAUGGUGUUGGAUCAGCGUAAAGAUGAAGCUAUAGAACGCACUUUCAAACAGGUAGCAAAGAAUUUCUCGGAAAUAUUUGAAAAGCUUGUUCCUGCUGGACGAGGUGAAUUAGUUAUGAGCAAACGAAGCGAACUUAGUCAGAGCCUUGAACAAGAAAACUCAAUGGACAUUGACAGCCAAGCAGCUCAGAGAAGUUCAAUUGAUAAUUACACAGGUGUUGGUAUCCGUGUAUCCUUUAAUAGUAAGGAUGAUGAGCAGUUAAGCAUUCAUCAGCUUAGUGGAGGUCAAAAAUCAUUAUGUGCUUUAGCUUUAAUUUUUGCGAUUCAGCGAUGUGAUCCUGCCCCUUUUAACAUUCUCGACGAAUGUGAUGCAAAUUUAGAUGCUCAAUAUCGGUCUGCUUUGGCGGCAAUGGUAAAGGGAAUGUCCAGAACAAGCCAAUUCAUAUGCACAACAUUUCGACCUGAAAUGGUGAAAGCUGCUGAUACGUUUUAUGGUGUUAUGUUCAAUCAUAAGGUAUCAACAGUCGAAACAAUUUCCAAGGAUGAAGCUAUGAAGUUCGUUGAAGGGUAA